GACGCCCACCCUCAGCAGCGGCAGCUUGUCGUUGUGCGCGCCGUCACAAGCCGGACUGAGCCGGGCCGAGGAGAGGAUCCGAAGCGCCGUUUUCAUGCUUGUGGCGUGGGUCUCGGGGGGGCGCGUCCUCCCGCCGCCGCGGCUGCUCUUCCUCCUCCUCCUCCUCCUCCUCCUCCGCGGAGCUCCGGGAGACGCCGAGACGGUGUGCGAAUGCAGCAGGAAGUGGCCGUGUCAUUGCGAUGGGGUCAAAGGCCAGAAGGGGGAAGCCGGUUACCCGGGAUACGACGGCCUUCCUGGACUCAUUGGUUACCCCGGCAACGAGGGCAGCCAAGGACCUGAGGGACAGAAGGGUCAACACGGCUUCGCAGGAAACGUCGGCCUGAAAGGCUCUCGGGGUCUUCCAGGACCUUCUGGUUUUCCAGGACCUCCGGGUCUCCCAGGACUUCCGGGUCGGGAAGGCACGGCGGGCCGAGCCGGACUCCCGGGAUGCAACGGGACCAAGGGUCAAGACGGCUUUCCCGCCUUCCGCGGAAUCCCAGGACCGCUUGGCCCGCGAGGUCGCGCCGGACCGCGAGGAGAAAAGGGAGACUCGCAAGUCUUUCCGGAUUCUCCGGGCAUCAAAGGCGCACGAGGACCACGAGGACCAGAGGGAGACGAGGGCCGGAGCGGAGAGCCGGGCCCGCCGGGCUCGCCGGGACCCGCCGGACCUGCCGGUCUUCCUGGACGUCCCGGGUCGCCGGGGUUACCGGGAGAGAAGGGUCAAGAGGGUCCCAAUCCGGUCAGUCGGGGUCCACCAGGCCCGAAGGGAGAUCGCGGACCUGCCGGAAUACCUGGACAAAAAGGGAUCAAAUUGUACGCCGAGGGGCCCAAGGAACUCAAGGGCGAAUCGGGCGACGCUGGAGUAAAAGGUUGUGCUGGACGUUCUGGGCCGGCGGGAAGAUCGGGAAGCAAAGGCGAGCGAGGCCGGCGGGGGGAGCCUGGCUCACCGGGAAAGGCAGGAAAGGACGGCGCCGUGGGAGAAAUGGGCCAACCGGGGACGCCGGGGCCCCGUGGCUUCGUGGGCCCCCCGGGCAUCAACGGGGCACAGGUAAGUACAAAAUCUUGUCUUUUUUCCACAAAACAUUGGAUUUCUUCAACCAAUAGACCCCAUAGUGUCACUUUUUCAACAAUCUUUUUUUCACCCAACAAAAAAGAUUCCUACAAAAAGUCACAUUCUAGGUCUGUGAUUUUACAGUUUUUGUUGUUGUUGUUUUUUUUAAAGAAAAACACGACUUUGUGUUUGUUGAGUUGUGUUGUUAGUGACAAAGAAAAAACACUCCUGACCGUUUGUGUGUUUUGUGUGGAGGGCGAGAAAGGCGACUUUGGUCCCGAUGGUCUUCCAGGCGAGAUAUUUUGGAAGCACGCGUUCGCGAAAGGCCGGACCGGGACUCCCGGGCCCGCCGGACCUCCAGGAGUCCCCGGAGAGCCAGGACUGGUGGGCUUUCCCGGACUGCAGGGCGAGCAAGGGGAGGGUCCUACGGGUCCGCCGGGCCCUCAGGGGCCACCGGGUUUCGCAGGACCUAAAGGAGAGCGAGGGGAGACCGGGCCCGUCGUCAUCGGGCCUCCGGGACCGACCGGCGUCUCGGGAGGUCCCGGACCCGAGGGAGAACCGGGAGAACCCGGAUUACCAGACUUCGUGCGAGGCGGCGUUGGACCUCCGGGCACGAAAGGUGGGAAAGGCGUGACCGGACCUGCCGGGACCCGAGGACGGGAAGGCCCGGAAGGCGAGAAGGGCGACAUGUGUUUGCGCUGUCCCGAUGGCGGGGGUCCGCCCGGACCUCCGGGGGAACCGGGUGCGGACGGGCCCAAAGGUGCACUUGGUGUUCCAGGGGGCAAAGGCGAAAGAGGUCUGAACGGUAUCGCUGGAACACCAGGCCCACCGGGCCUCUUUGGUGUCCCAGGACAGCCAGGACGUCCUGGUUUAACAGGUGACCCUGGCAUCAUGAGGAGAUUUGGGCAGAAAGGGGAAGUUGGGGACCCAGGAGACUUCGGCGCUCCGGGGCUUGACGGUACAGAUGGACUUCCUGGCGUUCCAGGACCCAAAGGCAGUCUGGGACUGAAGGGAAACCCUGGACCUCAAGGACCCAAAGGUGACAGGGGUCCUGUUGGAAUGACCGGUUUCAGAGGGCCAACGGGACAAAUGGGGCCACCGGGGCCUCCACGCAUCGGUGCUCCUGGACCGCCAGGACCACCGGGGAAUGUGGGUGUAUGGGGCCAGCCAGGUGAUGCUGGUAAACCAGGAGAAAAAGGUUCUCCUGGUAAAUUCAUAACCAGUCCGGGAGAUUCAGGUCAGAAAGGAGUGAAGGGUUCGUCUGGGAAUCCUGGAUCAGAAGGGGUGAUGGGUCCUCCUGGAAAUCUGGGAUCGGUCGGUCUGAAGGGAGAAAAGGGACAAAAAGGAUUUACUGUCCAGGGUCCUCCGGGCUUUCCAGGAGUCAAAGGAUUCAAGGGCCUGUCAGGAGAUCCAGGCGUGCCAAGUUAUGGGAGUAAGGGGCGCUCAGGACCGUCAGGACCCCCGGGAAGACCUGGAUCCAAGGGCAAUGCUGGCUUUGGUUCUCCGGGCCAGCAGGGCCAAUCGGGGCCCAGAGGAGAGGAAGGCUCUGUAGGAGCACCGGGGUCUCAAGGGCCCCAAGGAGCUGUUGGACUUCCAGGAUCUGUAGGACAAGAUGGAGCACCAGGUCCCAAAGGUUCCCGGGGUCUAGAUGGGCUUCCUGGACCACCUGGCCCCAUUGGACCUUGCUUUCUAGGAGCACCUGGACCAGUGGGACAGCAGGGGCCAAUGGGAGUCAUUGGCUUCACAGGAAGCCAGGGUCUAAAGGGUGAGAAAGGUGAUCCUGGGCUUCCAGGCGUGGGAGCUAUUGGACCACAAGGACCAUUUGGAGUCCCGGGGUUUGACGGAACUCCAGGUCUACAGGGAAGCAUGGGUUUGAAAGGACAGACUGGGACCGCUGGUCAGCCAGGAAGUCCAGGUAUCAGGGGGGACUCUGGUCCCCCAGGUCCCCGUGGGAGGCCAGGGGACCUAGGGAAACCAGGAGAGCCUGGGAGUCCUGGGCCAAAAGGUCAGGAGGGUGCCAGUGGUGCCACAGGCUCUCAGGGGCCACCCGGGCUUCAGGGGUACCGAGGGGAGACAGGACCCAACGGGAGACAGAUCACUGUGCAGAUGUAUGGAGACCCUGGAGAUCCUGGAGAGCCUGGACCUCUUGGUCAGACCGGUGCUAAAGGCAAUCAAGGUACCCCGGGGCCUCCUGGUCUUGACGGCACCAACGGCAGACCAGGAAGAGCUGGACCUCAAGGACCUCCUGGAGAACCAGGUAGAGAUGGAGAGACUGGUCCUCCUGGUUCCCGUGGUCUCCCUGGCAACCCAGGGGACCUUGGAAAACCAGGUUGUAAAGGUGAAAAAGGUUCUGCGGGGCCCUGUGGAGAACCUGGUUUUGAUGGAAAGGAAGGACUGGAGGGACUGAAAGGUGCAAAAGGGGAACCCAGUUUACCCAGACCUGGACCCAAAGGAUAUCAUGGAGAAAAGGGACAGUUAGGUUGCACAGGUCCUGCAGGUCAAAAGGGGAUGCCAGGAGACAGAGGAGACUUUGGUCCUCCAGGAGAUCGUGGUCCCUGUGGCCCUAAAGGAAAUGCUGGACCACCUGGUUACAGAGGUCCUCCAGGUUCUCCUGGUGAGAAAGCUUGUGAUGGACCUCCGGGGGUCAGCGGACCUCCAGGACCUAGCGGCCUUACAGGUAACAAGGGGGGCCCUGGAGACCCGGGUUCAUCUGGCCCCAGAGGAAACCAGGGACAAGAUGGCAUACCAGGACCUCCUGGAGAGAAAGGAGCCAUGGGAGAACCUGGAAUCGGAGCCAGGGGAGCAGAGGGGACAAAAGGUCCACCAGGCUGCGUCGGCGAAAAGGGACCUCCUGGUACUUGUGGUCAUCCAGGGCCUUCUGGUCCCGAAGGAAAUCAAGGUUGUGCUGGUCCACCUGGGCUCCUGGACCUCCUGGUCUUCGUGGAAGGCAGGGACCCUGCACAGAAGGAGACAAAGGAGGAAAAGGACCGCCAGGAGAACGGGGGCCAAGAGGUCUCCCGGGGUGUCGAGGUCCCCCCCGGUCCCCCAGGUUCUGGUCUUAAAGGAGAGAAGGGACCUAAAGGGGGAAUAGGUAACACAGGAAACCCUGGUUGCCAUGGUGACCCUGGCCCACAAGGCAGGCCGGGGCUAGACGGCGCGCCAGGAGCACCAGGACUCAAAGGCCUUAUGGGGGAUACCGGGGUUACUGGACCUGCUGGGAUGAAGGGGGACAAAGGUCCAGCGGGCAUCAAAGGUUCACGUGGGCCUGCAGGACCUACGGGGAAACAAGGACCGAGGGGUAAGGACGUGUCCCGGGAGGUGGUGGUCUUAGCAGGAGACCAAGGUUUGCCUGGAGGUCAGGGGCCACCAGGACAGCCAGGGACCCCAGGAACGCGAGGGAGAACCGGUGCUCCAGGUCCAAAAGGAGUGCGAGGGGGUGGCGGCCGGACAGGGGGUCCUGGUUUUACAGGCCUGAAAGGGGACACCGGAGACCGAGGAGACCACGGAAUAAAAGGUGUCGCGGGUCCACGAGGUCCCACAGGUGCCAAGGGCGCACGGGGUCCCCCGGGUCCGUGCGUGGACGCCCCCGAGAAGGACGGAUUCCUGUUCAGCCGACACAGCCAGAACGUUCUGGUACCGGAUUGCCCUUCUGGGUCCGUCGAGGUGUACAGCGGCUUCUCCCUGCUCUUCAUCAACGGGAACAACCGAGCUCACGGACAGGACUUGGGAGCUCUCGGUAGCUGCCUUCCUCGUUUUAGCACCAUGCCGUUCCUCUUCUGCAAUACGGACAGCACCUGCCGCUACGCCGCACGCAACGACUACUCCUAUUGGCUGUCCACCGACCAAUCAGGGCUGAGCACCGUGCCCUUCAUCUCUGGACCGCUCCUGAAGAAUUACAUCAGCCGGUGUACGGUGUGCGAGUCGUCGGCGAACGUGAUGGCGGUCCACAGUCAGACGCGUUUGCUUCCCGAGUGUCCUUCCGGUUGGGAUUCUCUGUGGUCCGGCUUCUCCUUCGUCAUGGAAACGGGAGUCGGGGCGGAGGGUUCGGGUCAGCCCCUGUCAUCGCCCGGAUCCUGUCUGGAGAACUUCCGCAAGAUUCCGUUCAUCGAGUGUCACGGCAGAGGGACGUGUAACUUCUACACCGACUCGUACUCGUACUGGUUAGCCGCUCUGGACCCGCGCCACAUGUUCAGCAAACCGAAGCCUCGGACCGAAGCCGGGGACCUGCCGGAAGAUUUGAUCAGUCGUUGCAGAGUUUGCUCCAAGCGCCUGUAAAUGACCGAACGGACCGCCGACGCUAACGACCACAACAACCACUACAACGCAGACGUCAUCAUCAUCACCGGCAACAUCACUGACAUAACGCAUAUCAUCCAUACCGAGACGACACCCUCCAUAGCCCCAAUACUCUUGACCCUGAAGACACCACCAAUCCCAUGGACACCCAAAGUGGCACCUUGAGAUAUGAGUUGACCAUGCUUGUAACUUAAGACACUCGUACCAGUCAUCUUUCCCCAUUGAAAUGAAAUCAAAACGCUGUUAAUCCGUUCCAGCCCUUUGUGCUGCUCCUUCUGGUGUGCCCGCCCUCGCCACCAGGAGGCACUAGCAUACAGUCAUGCAGACAAACGAAGAAGAAUGCUCUCUACUACUAACUACUAAGUGACUCAUUGAGAUCCUGUAAUAUUAGCUGUUUUUCACUGAGGAUAAAGAAUGUAGGCCUGUGACUAUUGUACCAUUUGUGUUCAAAUAAUAAAUGGCUUAAAGGUGUCUAAAAUUGCCAC